AUGGAACCAAAGCAUUCUGCUGAAAUGUCCAGGCAUUUGGACAAGCAAAAUCAUGCCCUAAUGGAAACAUACCGAGCAAUGUCCCAUGAGUUGCAUAAACUACAGGUUGAAGAGGAAACAAUCAUGCGCAAGUUGUAUGAGCUGAUGUCUGCAGAAGGGCUUCUUCCAAAGCACAAGGAAAAAAGGCAGCCGGAGAGAGCAGGGGAAUCAAGCCAGGAAAGCGAAGAACAGGAACCAUAG